AUGGAUAAUAUCACAAUACCUGAUUUCAUCUCACAACAAGCUGCUCUAGAACAAGAGGCUAGAGAGUUGAUGCCCUGGGAACCCAAAAGUUGUACAUAUGAGAAGGGCCCGUUUCGACAGCAGAUAUUUGCAUGUAGAACGCAUAAUAAUAUUGGUGUGUGCUACUCUUGCUCUAUUAGAUGUCACACCAGCUGUGACUUGGUGGAGCUUUUCACAAAAAGGCACUUUACCUGCGAUUGCGGGACAGAGAGAGAUAACAGAGUUCAACAAAAGGACGCGAUUAGGUGUGAGAUUAGGAAAAACACUUCCGAUGAUAUUCCGGCCUCGGAUAAUGUCUAUAAUCAGAACUUUAAGGGACUGUUUUGCGACUGUGCAAAGGAAUAUGACCCAGAUAACGCUGCUGUUAUGCUACAGUGUGCGAUAGGUUUGCAGUGCAACGAGGACUGGUACCAUGAUCACUGUAUAAUGGGUAAAACUAAGUCGGAGAGUCAAGAAAUGAGACGCGUUGGAGACGAAGAUACCCUGGAACGGCCAUUGGAAGGCUUUCCUGAUUUAGAAAGUUUCGAAGCGUAUAUUUGUUGGAAAUGUUACCAGAAAUAUGAGUACUAUUUUCAGCGGCUGCUUUCACAUGAGCUAGCUGAUGAUCUAUUUGCCUGUAAACUUUCGCGUAAUGAGGGAGCGAAGGUUGAAUUAAUAAAUGAACAUGGGAAGAGAACGAAUCACCCGACAGAGAAACCAGAAGAAUAUUCUUUAUUUCUGAAACCAAAUUACUCUUCGGUAUUGAAAAAGAUUAAAGAGGGCGAAAGCAAUAAGUCUGAUAAAUUAUUCAUCUUUUUAGACAUUUUGGUCCCAUUCUUGAUAAAAGAUGAGCCAAUAUAUGAUCCUGGACAAGAUGAGGACGAUCCAAGCAUGGCUAUAUUUGAUCUCGCGGCACAGGCGCUUCAGGUGUCCGUAAGAAGGGAUCAAGCUGUGCAAGGAAUUGAAGCUUUCCAUUCCUUGAAGGAAAAUUUGAACCAAUUUUUGAAGUCUUUUGCCGAAAAGAAGAAGGUGGUCGCAGAAGAGGAUAUCAAAUCGUUUUUCCAGAACUCAAAGUGA